AUGUUUCAGAAAGAGAAAAAUGUAUUCAUGAUGAAAUGUAAUAUCAACGAACAAGGAUGGAAGACCGAGGUAGUGGCGUGCAUAUCGCCGAAAGGAGAACGAAUCCCGGUCAAUUCGUCCGUAUCCGAUGGAACUUUCGAAUGGCGAUGUAACAUGAAACCCAACGGCAUGAUUUCACUUCAACAAGCGAUUUCUGAGAAUGCAAAAUGCGCGAAUAUCCACGAAGUUGGUUCGAAGUGGCAAGAGAAGUCGUUUGAAUUCGAGUGUCUGAAAGGAGCUCAGCAAAAAUUGAUCGGAUGUGUCAUGGACAAUGGCGAGAAAAUACCGGUUGGAGGUUCGAAAGAAAUCAAUGGAUAUGAGAUGAAAUGUGAACAGCUCAAGAAUGGAACUAUUCUGAUGCACGGAACUCGUAAGGAUGCUUCUGGAUCAGGACAUCCUGCAGGCAAUGUGAAUGCAGAUGGAAAAGUGGAAUGCGUUGAUUCAACGGGUAAACGUCAUGAGGCUGGAACAUCAUGGAUCGAGAACAGUCGUUUUAAUAAGACAUGCACCCAGCAAGGUCACGUCGAAAUACAGAACUGCGUCUCCCAAGAUGGACUCCAGGUUCCGGUCGAUAGUCAAAUUGUGCAUGAGCAAACGAAAUAUGUGUAA